GGGGCCCUCAGCCUCCGCGCCGGCGCCGAUCGUCGGGCGCCCCCCCUUCCUGUGCCCCGAAGUCCGCGGCGGUGGCGUCCAGAGCCCGCAGCCGCAUAGAGCCGGAGCCGAACGGGUGGCGGCGCCAUGGCGUGCGCGGGGCUGCUCACUGUGUGCCUGAUCCGGCCGCCUGCGCCGGAGCCCCCGCGACCCCCCGCGCCCGCGCCGGCAGCCGGAUCCGCAGGACACGCGCUCUUCCAAGACGUUUUCCGCAGAGCAGACAAGAAUGAUGAUGGUAAGCUCUCAUUUGAAGAAUUCCAGAAUUACUUUGCCGAUGGGGUUCUCAGCCCCGGGGAGCUGCGAGAGCUGUUCAGCAGUAUUGAUGGGCAUCCCGCUGACAAUUUGGAAACGGAGAAACUGUGUGACUACUUCUCUGAACACCUGGGCGUCUAUCGGCCUGUGCUGGCUGCACUGGAGUCGCUGAACUGUGCAGUGCUCACUGCCAUGGACACCACCAAGCUGGAGUAUGAGCGGGCCUCCAAGGUGGACCAGUUUGUGACACGCUUCCUAUUGCGGGAGACGGUGAGCCAGCUCCAAGCCCUGCAGAGCUCGCUGGAGGGGGCGUCAGAUACCCUGGAGGCCCAGGCCCACGGCCCACGGUCAGAUGAAGAGAGGGUGGAGGUGCAGAGCAGGCCCCGAGGCAGCCGGCGGGCAGGGCGCAGGGCCCUGCGGAGUGUCAGUCGGUCACCCACCUGGUCUCCUGGCUCCUCUGACACAGAAGCCCCCAGCCUGAGGGGGCCCGUGCCUGACCCCCAGGGCAGAGCUCAGAGGCUGAGAUGCACUGGCGGCUCCAGAUCAACCGUCUCCAGGAGCUCAUCGACCAGCUGGAAUGCAAGGCCCCCCGGCUGGAACCCCUGCACGAAGAGGAGUUUACCAAGGGGCCCAACUCGCACAUCCUCGUGGCCCAAAGGCAGGUGCAGGUGGCAGAGGAAGCCCUGCAGGACUUCCACCAUGCCCUGUGCUGCUACGUGGACUUCACAGGGGCCCAGAGCCAUUGCCUGCAUGUGUCUGCCCAGAAGAUGCUGGACAAUGCCUCCUUCACCCUGUACGAGUUCUGGCAGGAUGAGGCCUCCUGGAGAAGGCACCAGCAGUCCGCCUGCAGUAAGGCCUUCCAGCGCAUCCUCAUUGACCACCUGCAGGCUCCAGACACCCUCACCACUGUGUUCUUCCCAGCAUCCUGGUGGAUUAUGAAUAAUAACUGAGCCUGACCUGCAUAAGCCAAGGACCCUGGAGCCCUGCCUGCCUCCUUCUGGAGCUUCUGGACUGGUCAGCUCAGCUCAAGACCAAGGACGCUGCCACCUCCUAUACCUGGGGCCUGGCUCUCAGAGGCCUCCCCUCCCAGAGCCAGCUGGCGGAGAAUCUCUCAGCCCGGGGAUCAGAGACUGGGCUGCUUGCUGUGUAUUUCUUUCUUUAACAGUGUAUUUUAUUGCUCAUAGCUUUGGCCUCUGAGGCACUCUGGCAUCUGUCUAGCUCAGGAGCCUGGAUUCUGGUCCCCUCUGCCCCUGCCUUGCUGUGUGACCCAGGGCAGGUCCCUUCCCUCUCUGAGUGGGCCUUGGGCUGUCUGGCUACCUAGUGGGUGCCUGCUUUCUUCUUGCUAUCUCGGGGCCAGGCUUCUGCUCUUCCCCAACCAGCAGCAGAACCAGGGCUGAUGCUCAGGGACUGUCCAUACCCCCGAACCUCGACCCCCGAGGCUGGGCUGGAUCAGUCUGCAGUCUGCAAGGACCUGGGUGUCCCCAUCACCCUCCUGGGCUGGCAGGCUCCUGACUCUUUCAGCACCUGCGGCUGCACCAGAGCCCUCUGCAGGAUCCUGGGUUGGUUUGCAUGUCAUUUGCAUAUCAUUUGCAUGCUCAUGCCCACCCAUACUAAGGGCACUAUGGGAAGCCCCAAGGUGACCUUGCUAAGUAGCAAUAAUUUGGCUCCAGAGUCACCUGCUGCCCCCAGAUACCUCUGAACCCCAGCCCAGGACCCCAGCCCAGAGGCAAUAAAGGCAGUAGUCACCUCUGGCA